GCAGUCCUAAACAAAAUGGCGGCGCCCCUGUGAAACAAAAAGCGGAAGUAGCUUCAGGCGUUUUUCGUUGCAUGUUUAGACUUUUCACCGUAGCAAACAAUGAUCAUGUCCUCCUACAUCAAGCUUUUCUUUGUCCUGAACAUUUUUCUGACCGUGUCAUUGGCGAUCGAGCCCAUAACAACGGGUCUAGCGGUCGGGGUUGGAGUGACAGCAUCGGCGCUGCUGGCGGGGUUCAAUCACUUCAAAUGUAACGUCGUGGAAUGUUGUGACAACAACUGGUUCAUUCCCAACAUUACAGGGUUGCGUACAUCACUUCAAGACAAACUCCACGGCCAACAUUUGGUGGUGGAUACUGUCGCCAAGGCUGUCAAGGGUCACAUCAGGAACAAGAACCCCAGCAAGGCUCUGGUGCUGUCCUUCCAUGGAUGGACUGGUGGUGGGAAGAACUUUGUGAGUAAGAUGAUUGCUGAGAACCUGUUUGUGAAGGGGAUGAUGAGCAGACAUGUGCACCUGUUUGUGGCCACGCUACACUUCCCACACAAGGACAGGGUGGAGACAUACAAGGACCAGCUAAGAGAAUGGAUCAAGGGGAACACAUCGGACUGUCCACACUCCAUCUUUGUGUUUGAUGAGAUGGACAAACUACCCGAGGGGUUACUGGACGCAGUCAAACCGUACAUCGACCACUACACAGAGAUCAAUGGGGUGGACUACAGGAAAACUAUCUUCAUAUUACUCAGUAAUACAGCAGGGAACACCAUCACACAGAGGACCUAUCAGCACUGGCAGGAGGGGAGGAAGAGAGAGGAUAUCUCACUCAAGGAAAUGGAUGACCUCAUUCUCAAGGGAUCUUUCAAUGAGAAAGGAGGACUGUGGCACAGCAGUCUGAUAGAGAAGAACCUGAUAGACGUGUUCAUCCCAUUUCUACCGCUGGAGAGACAACAUGUCAAACUGUGUAUUAGGGAUGAUCUCAGGGCUAAGGGCCACACUGUGACAGAAGAUGUAGUGACGAAGGUUGCAGACGAGCUGCAGUAUUUCCCCGAUCGUGAGCAGCUGUACUCCAAGUCUGGCUGUAAGAGGGUGUCCCAGAAAGUAGACCUCAUCAUGGAGGAAGUCUCACAGACUGUGGAGGAGAUCAUGAGAUGAUACAACACUAGUGACCUGGAUAAUAAUUUUACACACUAGACCCCUUUGAACCAUGGGAACUACCUUUGUCAUAGGGGGAUUUUACUCACACACUGUAACGUUAUCACGCUUGUCAUAAAGAACGCGUUCAAAAAAGUGUUUGCUUAACCUGGAAGGCAGCGACACUUUUGUCAUCAAAGGGGCCAAGCAUAUUUUCACUUCCACUGGAUGGCCCGCACACCCACACAUGCAGUCAAACAUUUCCAAAUAUCGCUAUACAAUGAACAUGGCCAUUCCCCUUCCCCACAUGAGUGAAAUACAGAUAAAAACAACCUUUUUUGUUAUUCAUUCAGGGCCGAGAUUGUAACCUUAACCCAACACUUUCUUCUUUCAGAUCUGGCAAAUAGUUUAAUUUUUGAACGCAUUCUUUGUUUAUGGACAAGUGCAAUGGUGUUACGGUUUGUGAGAAGAAUACAGUCCCAAACAUGACUAAGUUUGUAUGCCCCCUCAUCAUGUUUCAUGGAUCACAGUCUUCUCACUGCAGCACCACCUAGCAGUGAGAAGUAGAACUGGUAAUACUGGCUGAGGAAGGUAGCAGAAGGAGUCUACUAAACCAUUGGUAAUUGGUAGGAAAUCCCUUUGGUUGUGCAACAAAGAACUGUAUUACCUAUUUAUGUACCAACUUGUUGAAAACAACAACAUUUUUAACCUGUUGUACAGGCUGCUGUAUAUUUGCAAGAUUAUUGAGUUAUGAUACAUAUUGGCUGUGUGUGUUUGCUGGUGAAAGAUUUCUGUAAUGUAAAUUUGUAAACUGCACCAUAUUUUCAUAUAUACAUGUAUAUGGUUGUGAGGGAAUUAGAGGUUUUUUUCACUCCUAAAACAUAAACCUGAUUCUGACAGCUAACAGAAAACCACUUAAAACACUAUUCUUACAGCUUUGUAGCUAAAGUAAUUCAGACUACAACAUGAAUCACAAUUUAGCUAUGUAACAGAAACAAAUACCUGUACAUGUAUCACAAAGGCUAUGGUUUGAUGUGAUUAUACUUCAGAGAAUCCUAGGCUCUAUUUUACAUAGGCUGAGAAGCUUGUAGUAGGUUUACAACAAUGUGCAAUAUUGCAAGUACAUGUAAUAGGUACAAAUUCUUUUGAACCCUAUAAAUAAGCUAAGCUUUCUUCUGGAAAAGUCACCUGUCCCUAGUACACAUAAAUAGACCAGAGUUUAUAUACUCAAUGUCUAGGUGGUUACUAGGUUUCUAGUAUGCUAUGACUUGAUGAUCAGUUUAUUGGGAUGAGGAAAUUUAGAUGUUUAAAGGAGCUGACUAUGUUGUUGUUUUUUUUGUACCUAAAGGAAAGCAAAGGACAGCCUUUAUUUGUGGAAAAUCAUUUUUUGUACAGAAAUCUAAAAAAAAAA